UAAUUUGAACGCGUGGUGGCAGUACAGGCUAAGAGACUAAAUCUAAGCUCUGCAGAUCCGGUGGACGCCAUUUCACGGAGAAACCCAAGAAAAAAUACUGAACACAUUUAAGCUAAAGCCAAAAUAGACGUGUACGGGAAGGCAGUCAUCGCCAGAGAAGUUAAAAGAACGAAUUUGAAACUCUUUAGCAAAGCCGUUUUGGAGGGUCGACGGUGGAUGUGGUGAUUGGGAGCGAAAAAGGAUUUUUCCUCUGAAAUCAGGCAUAACAAUAGAAAUGGCACAGACAAAAGGACUUCGCAAGAAAAGGCAAGUGGUAACCUUCAUUAUAUUGAUGCUUUUGUGGGAGGCGGGUUCAGAAUCCAUACAAUAUUCUGUAUUGGAGGAGACAGAGAGUGGCACAUUUGUGGCCAACUUGACAAAGGACCUGGGACUCAGGACGGGAGAGCUGGCUGCGCGGGGAGCACGGGUUGUUUUCAAGGGGAACAGACAGCAUUUGCAACUUGACCCACAGACCUAUGAUUUGCUGCUAAAUGAAAAACUGGACCGGGAGGAGCUGUGCGGCGCCACUGAGCCGUGUUUGCUACCCUUCCAGGUGUUACUGGAAAAUCCCCUGCAGUUUUUCCAGGCUGCCUUGCAAGUGGGAGAUAUAAAUGACCACGCCCCGGAGUUCCCGGCCAGAGAUAUGCUCCUAAAAAUAUCAGAAAUCACUGCGCCUGGAAAGAUAUUUCCUUUGAAAAUGGCACAGGAUUUAGACGUGGGUAGCAACAGCCUUCAGAGCUACACAAUCAGCUCCAAUUCUCACUUCCGCGUUCUCACCCGCAAUCGCAGCGACGGCAGGAAGUUCCCGGUGCUGGUGCUGGACAAAGCGCUGGACCGUGAGGAGCAGCCUGAGCUCAGGCUAACCCUCACCGCGCUGGAUGGGGGGUCUCCGCCCCGGUCAGGGACCAUAGAGAUUCAGAUCUGGGUCUUGGACAGCAAUGACAACGCCCCAGAGUUCGCUCAGGAACUCUAUGAGGCGCAAGUCCCUGAAAACAGCUCCCUGGGCUCUCUGGUUAUCACCGUCUCAGCGAGAGAUUUAGAUGCAGGAUCCUUUGGAGAGGUAUCUUAUGCCCUACUUCAAACCGACGACGUUGACCAGCCCUUCGAAAUAAACGCAAUCACAGGCGAAAUUCGACUGAGAAAGACAUUGGAUUUUGAAGAAUUUCAAUCUUAUCACAUGGACGUUGAGGCCACAGAUGGCGGGGGACUAUCAGGAAAAUGUUCCAUAGUCAUCAAGGUUCUGGACGUGAAUGACAAUGCCCCUGAAUUGGCCAUGUCGUCGCUCAGCAGCGCCAUCCCUGAAAACCUGCCAGAGACGAUAGUGGCAGUUUUCAGUGUAUCAGAUGCAGAUUCUGGACAUAAUCAACAGGUUAUUUGUUCUAUAGACGAUAAUCUCCCCUUUCUUCUAAGACCGUCGGCGGAGAAUUUCUACACCUUGGUAACAGAAGGAGCGCUG